AUGUCCGAUGAUUUGUCUAUUCACAGCUCCUCGGAUAUAUCGGUAAAGCCAGUGUGCCUUUUAGGAGGCUCGCCGCGCGAUUUGGACGACGAUUCUAGGAUGUUAACAGCGGAGAGCUCAGCAUUUGUCACUGCUCGGUCGGCGGUGGAUUUGAGCGUCGCAUCCAACGAUCCGUUUGGUCCUCAAGAAGAGCAUCAAGACACAUCACGUAACGCACAGGAGAGCGAUGCGCAGCAGACGAGGCUCUGGGGUACCAUACAAAAUAAGGCAGUGAAGGCCCUUCUAAAUGCUGCUGUUAGUGCUGGUCAUCUCCUGGAGAGGAUGUUGGAGCCGCCCGUGGGGAAUGGGAAUCCCUCGCAGGACGCGUCUUUGCUGCAGGUUGUGCACACCAACGGCUUGACUGAGCCGUUUGACGCCCCUAACCACAUUACCCAUCUUACUCUUGAUGAUCUACCUGACGAGGAGGAAGAAGAAGAAGAGGAGGAGUUGGAAACUCCACGUAUCGAGAUUGAUCUUGUUUCUACUUUGCAGGCCUAUUGCAAGAAUCCGAGCGACUGCUUUGGCCACCUUGUCGCUGCUGCCCUGUCAAGCAGGUCCAAGGAAAAUCCCGUGACAGGCGAUGAACUGAAGGAGGCACGGCUUAACCCAUACCUUGUCCGUAUGAUUAUUGAUUCCCGAUGUCUUGAUCUUGAGGACAAAACUGUACAUGCGGAGAUUCAGCGUUGUGUAGACACUGUUAUUUCCUCUGAAUCUGGUAGAGUUUCACUGAGCUUCUAUGAAUACCUUCCGUCACUGCUGAAACUGAAUUUUGUACGUCUUAGCCCAGAGCGUUAUGCGGUUAUGAAGGAUAGUGGAUUUGAGUUUUUGAAGCUCUUGUGCGAGUACCCACAUGUUUUACCACCCGGUCGACUCAAUUCUAUUCGUUUAAAUUAUGUUCACUCGACCUGUUACUUUGAUUUUUUCACUAUGAUUUUAAGCACGGUUUUGGAGAUUUUUUGCAUCACCGGCAUUAUUCUUGCCUUGAUAGAAUGGGUCACUCUUAAUGAUGAGAGGUUUGAAGGUGUAUUUGGAUACUACACAGCCCUUGUGUAUGGUAUCGGGUACGCAGCGCACCUUAUUGGCAUGAUAUUUUUGAUGCGUGGAAAGGCAAGGAACGCUGUGUAUGGCAAGAUGAUUUGUGCCUUUCCCUCUCCGCACCUUCUCGUGGUGCCGGUGGUACCGCUGUACAACUUGGUUAGUAUCUUCACAUAUGUGCGGUACCGAAAGGCCAAUCGGUGUGGAAAGUAUGUUGUCAUUCUACACGAUAUUGUUGCUGCUCAGGUUUUAUCUAGUCUUUGUUUUGCCCUUUGCGUGGCGAUGCCACAAUUUAUUUAUCAAUCGAUUGUGGUUGUCGACAAUAAGAAACUUCUCCCGACUCCGAAGCAGCACUUCUUUAAGCUCCUGACGGCGUCGGCCAUUCUUACAUUUUUGGUGUCCAUAUUGCGUAUGCUUCGAGCCCUUGCAAUGUAUGACUCUAUCAAUUGCUUUGGUUUUGCCUGUUUUGGAUAUCAGAGGGAACGAAUCAUAGAGAAGUAUUCGGCGAUUGUGCGUAUGAUACAUGUUUUGUGCCUUUUCCUGUUUGAGUUGAACGUUUCUUUUUUGGUACUGGGGGCGAUAAGUGUGGCGGAUUGCAAGACAACGUCCAUCACGACGAUGGCGAUGGCGGGAGCCUCCAUCGUAAUUCUGUUAGUUUUAUUCUUUCUGCUUCUGCUAAGUCGUGAAAGCGUCUUCCGUUUGAUGUGGGCUUUGUUGCCGUUGACUCCGCUGCAGAUUUCACUGUUCAUUUAUCAAUAUUACACCUUUGAUGGUGGUUGUAGAUUUCUUAUUGUGCGUAAUGGGAAUGUGGCCCUGUUUUGCUUUGUCAUGUGGAUUUUAUUCCUGUUUCUGGUGCUUUGGGCGAUGCAGCUUGUCGUGGUGUUUCUCUCAGGAAAACUUCGAAGCCUGUCGAGAUGA